AUGCCGAAUCUGACGGUCCGCAACCCCGCAACAGGUGACCCGUGUUUUGGUGGCGAAGAGGACCAGCAGGUUCGCACGGAUGCGCUGCGCUCCAUUCCCGAGGCCACUGAGUUGCCCAUGGACGACGACGGCGGACCCCAGGAGAUCAUUGAUGCCCCCGAUGAGGACCUCAUGGGCCAGUACGACGUCCACGAUGUGACCCAGGCUUUGGUGAGGCUCCCCAACUUCAAGAGCGCCCCAGUCCUCGAGUGGACAGACCCCGCCACCUCUCAGGCCCCGCGACAGGGCCCCGAAGACUCCGUCGCCGAACUUUGGAACCUCAGUACGGAGAUUCUUGGAGAUCCCCUGCUUGGAGUUUUCCAGGCUGCACCGGCUCAUCGAAGAGCGCCCCAAAGGUUCACAGACGGUGAAGCAGUCUCUCUGAGGAAGCUUAAAGGUGACGGGUUGAAUGCUAACGACCGUCGCAGAACCAUCAACCUCAUUGGCCAUGCGGGCAAAGCUUUCACAAACGUGACCAUUAUGCCAGAGCUGCGCCAGAUGUCCUGCAAGUUGUCCAGCGCGCAGUUUGGCGCGCUGCAGGGCCGUUCCACUCGCGAUGCCAUCCCUUUAGUCGACGAGAACCCAGCAGUCAUCCUCGUCUCGGCUUUGAUUGACUUGGAGACAGCGUUUGAUAUGCCCGAUCGGCAGCAGGGGGCUCGGCAAGGUAGCGUGGAUGGCCCAGGACUAUUCAUCGCGAUCUAUGACAUGAUUACCAAUGAUACCGGGGGCCACACGUUAGCCGCGGGGUUCAAGGGCGCCCAGGUUCAGUACGGCCCCUCCUUCCAGGUUUUCGGGAAUUCGGAGGACUUUGCGGCCAUAAUAGCGCUGACUAUCGUUGACGACUUCGACGCUGUCACCUCGUUCUUGGACUUCAUGAGGACUCGGGUUAACGCCAGUGGUCUGACCAUGAACGUCCCAAAAACCGAGUUGAUGUUGAGUGUUGCGGGGAGGGGCUGCAGGGAACUCCGACAACGGACUGCGAAGAAUCAUAUUGGCAUUAACAUGACCCACGUAGACACGCAGGUCUGCGCCUUGCACCCGACGCCGACAGUUAAGUACCUCGGCUGCCUACUCUCUGCCACUGGCUCCUACUCCCCAGAGAUCGAGACUCGCCUCUCCCCUGCGAAUAAGGCGCACGGUCGUCUUGCCCAACCUGUUCUAAAGGGCAACCUCCGUAUUCGCUUGAAGGUGCGACUGUGGUGCUCGCUGGUCCGUUCGAUCGCGCUGUGCGCGCUGGAGCUGGUCAAGAAACGAGACGCGGGCGAGGCAGGAGUCGAGAGCACCAAACCGAACGCCGACGCCGAAGUUGCAGGCAUCUCGAAGAAGGACCGCUUGAUGACCAAGCUCCUGCUCCAGCACGAGGACAACUUUCGGGGCUCGGCGAGAGACCAGAACGUAGUGGUUCGGCUCCGAGUCGGAUCACAUAUGCAGGUGGCGCUGGAGUCGAGCACGGCACAGUACCAGAAAGUAGGGAAGGAGGCCAGGGACACGGUCGCGGCCGCCGACUAUCGCGGCCACCCUCUCGGCAAGAAGCCCGACGCGUACCUCCGCAUGCCGUUGUUCAGAUUGAGCGAAGCGGCGGAGGACAGCCUCGAAGAGGUCAAGGCUGCGGUCGCCCGUGGCGCCAACCCACAAGAAUCAGCCGUGGCGCUGAUGACGCUCGUGGAGUUCGGGAAGAGCCUCAAGGAUUCCGAAGUGAAGCUCAAGGCGACGAGGUGCUUCGACGUGAGAGUGACAACGACAACCGACGGAAAAGAUGUAGAGGAGGCCAAGUGGAUAUUCGCUGCUAUGUCGCACCCAGCGGAGGGGGUGCUCGAGUGCGGGGCCAUGGGCCCCGAGUGCGUGCUCACUCCUCUGGCCCUCUACCUCGUUGUGCUUUGCAUGUUUGAGCAGCAGCUGCUCGACACCGUGUACUCCAUCGUCUUCUCCCUGGUGGAGGUGACCCGCAGCUACGACCACCAGGUCGGGCAUCUCCUCCACCGCAGGCUCAACUGCAACACGGAGCGCAUGGAGUCCGCAGGAUGCUGGCUGGCGCCCCGGCUGGUCAGCCUGGCGGCGCCUCUGGCCGCCGCCCUUGCGUGGCUGUGA